AUGGUUCAGCCCGCGGUGCCAGAGCUAGUCGAAGUCGACCUACAUGAAUCCCUAGAGGCGCGAACCGAGUCCUUGCUUACCCUGCGCCAAUUGGGGCCUCCUGAUCUGGUUCACCUAAUUAAGGUUCAGCCAAAAGGAACUCACAAAGAGAUUGGAACAUACCAUCAUGUCACAGGAAUAGACGCUUCAUCCUCGGCCUCUCUCGCCGCUUACAUCAAUACGCUCACCUACUCAAUUGGCGAGAACCAGAUAUGGUUUGGAAAGCCGCAGUCAUGGAAGAUUCAAGCAGGAACUUAUUGCUGCUAUAAUGCCUUCUCCCGAGUCGACAUGCGUGUCGACGUCAGCUUCCCGGGAAGUGUAGACGCUUACGCAGUGGAUGAUCGUGGCGAAAGACGGGUAGCGACAGAGCCGCUAUGGCUGGAAACAUAUCUCUGUUCCGUUUUACGAGCUUAUGCUUAUGCUGAGGAUAGUGUGCAAACGCGGAUUGUGGGCUGUCGUCGAUUCAACCCUAUUGUCUCAACCGAGAGCGAACAUAGGUUCCUUGAUGCAGCGGAGAGGCUAUUCGCGAAAGGGUGGCAGCUGGGUUCGGACCCGGAAGUCCAGGUUCCUAACCUCGUAUCUAACCAUCUGACCACCGGGGUCCUCAAAUACAUUCAGACAACUGGCCGGUUUGCAAGUGGUGUAAACCUGUUCGAGAAGCUACGGAUUAAGUACCCAGAGGUCGCUUCUCUUCUCGCCAGGGUGUUGAUAGAUGCAGACGAAGAGGUCAAGGCGGUGCAGCUCCUCUACGAAACAAUCAAAGUACUACCAAUGGAUCAUGCUUUGCUCAGUGUACAGGCGGACUUCUGCCAAAGCAAAGGAAGGAGUGAUUUGGCUCUCGAAUGUGCAAAGAGGGCUGUUAAUUCUGCGCCUAGCGAAUUUACAACAUGGGCCAAGCUAGCAGAGAUCUAUAUUGCCCUUGAACAGUAUGAAAUGGCAUUAUUAACAUUAAACUCGUGUCCAAUGUUUACAUAUCAAGAGCGAGAUUUCCCAAGAAUGCCACAACCUGCUAAAAUGCAUCUCCCGAUACUCCCAGAGUCGAUGAUAGACGAGUCACUUGAUGAGUAUGACGUCAAGCAGGAUCCACUACCUGCUGCAUCCCUGAAAGGCACUUUCGCUACGGCGUAUAGGCUGUUAACCGAAAUAGUGGCCCAAGUCGGCUGGGACACUCUUCUAAAAUGCAGAUCAAACGUAUUUGUCAUGGAGGAAGAAUAUAGACACGAGAAAAACGCUAGUACGGUUACAAAUGCAAGCACAACGGCACUUCGAGGGAACAGUUCAGAAGCUGAACGGAAACCGGAAGAGCUAGAAAAACCCAAUGGGUCGGCGGAGAAGCCCAAUGACGAGAAGGAAGUUACAGAAAGCAUUGCCGCGAUAUCGAUAUCAGAAUCCAAUGCGGACACGGUAAUAGAGAAGCCGGAACAGACAAAGGAAAAUGAUAAUGACGAGGAGGGUUCAGAGGACGAUAGUAAAAACUAUACUCAAUUUCAGAACAAACGUCUCUGUGAGCGGUGGCUGGACAAUCUUUUCAUGGUUUUGUAUGAGGAUCUUAGGAUAUACACGAUAUGGCGUGGCGAAAUCCAGAAACAAAAGAUGAAGAACCUACCAGUAGAAAAGAGCGCGAGUGACUGGGAGAUUCACGGAGAGCUUGCAGAGCGGUUACAUCACGUCGAUGAGGCCAUCGAGGCAUAUCGAAAUUGUUUGAAUAUAAGGUUCUCAAGCAAGGCCUUUAGGGGACUACUCGUUGCACAAGAAAAGGCCCGAGAUGUUAGAGGGGCCUUGAACAGCAUCAUAAGGUUGACUGCAUGGAAUUAUAGGUGGUACUCCGAGUUCUCUCCGAACCUUCUUAAUUCGGUCCGAAAACUAAUUGCAGAAGAGGGAGCCAUCAAGUUCAGAAGUGUAGUACAGUCGACGAAUCUCCCACAGUCGGCUCUGGACUUAACUCACCAUUAUUCUGAAAUCUGCGUUGCUUUCCGAAGCAGUGGCAGUGAGAUGUAA